AUGUCUACAGCACUACUGGAAGUCAUCAAUCUUUUCAACGGCGCGGGGGCAAUCAUAUUCGUAGAGAGAUAUUAUCAUGGUCCACCGCAGUUUCACAUCGUGCCAUGUGUCAAUAUCAAAGACUCGCCCUCGCGCCCUGGGGCUCAUGAGCCGGCUAUCAGGGUCUUAGUGGUCAGCGAGCAUGUAUGCAUGCAUCCCACCAUGUUUGCAGCUGUCAUAUGGUCUAUAGCACAUGACCCAGGCGUGGUCACAGUUUGCACAGAAAGCGAGGAGCUCGCCGAGUUGUUGGCACACGAGGCAGGAAUGAUAUGCUGCGUUGAAUGCGGAGAGGAUGUCCACAGCUAACACUUGUAUGAUGGCGCGCUGAGCUCUGCAUUACUAUGUACGUA